AUGGGACUUCCACGUAAAAAAGACAGUGUUAACAAGGGAAAUCAUUCUCUCAACCCAGAUCGAGGUAAACAAGAGAAGGGUUCCACAAUGCGGACCAAAAGUACAAUCAAGCGCCUUAAUAUGUAUCGAAAUUUCAAAGCUAAACGUGAUAAAAAGGGUCAUAUAAUUCGAGCUGCUCCGUUCCAAUCAGCUGUAGCUUCAGGCACUGUUUCUCGCGUGGAACCCAAUCGGCGUUGGUUUGGCAAUACAAGAGUUAUUUCGCAAGAUGCUUUGCAGUCGUUUAAGGAGGCAAUGAAAAUUAAAAACCCUUAUGAAAUUAUGCUACGUCAGACUCGAUUACCCGUCUCCCUACUCGAUGAAAAGAAAGUGAAAAAGAAAGCGGACAUUUUAGCAGCAGAAGGUUUUCAAGAUGUGUUUGGAAAGAAAGCUAAACGAAAGCGACCACGUCUAAGUUAUGAAGACUUGUCUUCAUUUGCUCGAGAGGCAGAGGCAAGUCGUCAUAGCUACUCCAAAGAAAAAGAUAGUAGCCUACUUCGCGAUGAUGUUGGAUUCCGAGAAAUGACUAGCGAUCCCCAUUUUAAAGCGGGAAGCUCUAAACGGUUGUGGAAUGAGCUAUUUAAGGUGCUUGACUCCUCUGAUGUCGUUCUUUACGUUUUGGAUGCUCGAGAUCCAAUGGGAACUCGUUCCAAGUACAUUGAACAGUAUAUGAAGAAGGAGAAACCCAACAAACACUUUAUCUUCGUAAUUAACAAAGUGGAUCUCGUUCCCGUUUGGAUAACUAAACGAUGGAAGACGAUACUCUCCUCAGAGUACCCAACACUGGUUUUUUACGCAAAUUUAACAAAACCUCUGGGCAAAGCUGCUUUGAUGAGUUUGCUCCGUCAGUUAUCUGCAUUUCAUGCAAAAGAUCGCCAUCAAAUCAGCGUAGGCAUUAUCGGUUACCCAAACGUUGGCAAGUCCAGCAUUAUCAAUGCGUUACGGUCCAAGAAAGUGUGCAAGGUUGCUCCAGUAGCUGGUGAGACGAAGGUGUGGCAGUACGUGACGUUACUCAAGUCAAUUUACCUUAUCGAUUGCCCUGGUGUCGUUUACCCUGAAGGUGAUACAGAGGCUGAAAUGGUGAUGAAAGGUGUUGUUCGCGUCGAAUACCUUCAAAAACCAGAGCUCUACAUACCCGAGAUAUUAGCUCGUGUAAAACCGGAGUUCAUACAACAGCGGUACGGACUGCCCGACUUUGAUCCCACCUGUCACCCCCUAUCCACAGAAUCGAUGACCGGGGAAAAGGUCGAAAUCCAGGCAUCUACCGAGGCGGUCGAAGCGAUUGAGUAUCCGCCAAAUGCCAAGUGGCCAGUUAAUGCUGAUCUGUUCCUGGAGCUAGUCUCGAAAAAGACGGGCAAACUGCUCAAGGGCGGUGAACCGGACAUCAUAGCUACAUCAAAACGAGUGCUGAACGACUUUCAGCGCGGGAAGUUGCCAUACUUUGUGAAACCUCCUGCCCUGGAAGCAGACGAGAGUGCCUCGGAGGCGAACACGACGUCCAAGUUAGACGCACCACCAGAAGAAGAGGCUCUGGAACAGGCAUUCACAGACGCUCUCGGGGCAGAGCCGGAGAAUGAGAACGAAGCUGAAAAUUCUGGUGAUGAUAAUCCAAAAGAAGAGGAGGAGGAGGAGGGCAGUGGCAUCGAUUUGGCACCAAACGCCGAAGAUGAAGCGGAGAUUCGGGCGAAAGAAGAGCAAGCAAAAGCCGCUAACUCUGGUUUGUCAGCCUCUCGUCAAAGACAGUUGGAGCGUGCUCUGCGAAGGAAAGCUGGGCGUGCAGGUCGACACUACUACGAAGAGGUCAACCUUGUACGUACAUUAAAUUUGCUGGACGACGCCGAAGAGUAUCCCACCGCCACUAAGUACCACAUGAAAUUAGUACCAACCCACGUGAAAAGCCAUAGCGACGCCGGGGAAAUCAGCGAGGCAACAGCGUUAAUUUCAACGUUCGGCCAGAUGGCCUAUUUCUAG